AUGUCUUACAUUUAUGUGAUUGCUUACAGCUUCGCCAUUUUAUAUUUGAGUAAUAAAGUUGAAACUCUGCAAACUGAAAAUAUCAAUGGUGGUAAAAUAACAACGAUUGAGGAAUAUCCCCAUCACGUCUUCGUAACUACGGAGAGAAAAAUAUGUAACGGUGCUAUUAUCAGUGAAUGGAAUGUUAUUACUGCAGCACAUUGUAUAGAAAAUAAAAAUCGUGAAGUCAUAGCAAAUGCAGUUACAAUCAUUGCCGGAGUUAGUAACUAUAAAAACAACUCAACCUUCAAAUUCGUUGCCGUUGCUGAAAAAAUUUACCUACCAACGGAUAUCGAGUUAAUAAGUGUUACAGGCAUGCAUGAAGUGGAUAUUGCCGUAAUUAAGCUCGAUAAAGCCAUACCACUGGACAAUGUGCAUCUGAAAAAAAUCACAUUGCCAGAUCAGUAUGUGAAUUUGGAUUCUGAAUUUUACAUUGAUACAGAACCUAUUCUCACCGGCUUUGGUUACAAUAAAAUAACCACUACUUAUUCUAAUGGAAAUAUCCAUGUGAAAGGAAGAUCUACUGGGGAUCUACGGUUUUCAAAGACACGUGUUUUGUCAUUAAAGGAAUGUUUGAAGACACGACCCUUAGGUACAGUGGACUUUUUAAAAAAGUUCUGUUCUAAAAUGAAACAGCCGGCCAAUAUGGAACCGAAAGGAGCCUGUUUGGGCGACAGUGGUGGUCCUCUUGUGUUAAAACGGAACAAUGACUAUAUUCUUAUUGGAAUAUUGUCCUCUGGUAUUAUAGAUUGCGAUGAACGGAUUUUGCCAGCAAUGUACACUAGAGUUUCAUAUUACAGAAGUUUUAUUGACGACGCGAUAGCUGAUAAGCCUAAUGCAAAGAACAUUUUUAAUACACUUCAAUCUGAAAAUAUCAUUGGUGGUGAAUUAACAGUGAUUCAAGAAUAUCCCCAUCAUGUCUUCGUAGCUUUACCGAAUAAAAUAUGUAACGGUGCUAUUAUCAGUGAAUGGAAUGUUAUCACUGCAGCUCAUUGUAUUAAAACUAAAAAUGAUCGAUACGAAAAAGAAAUGGUGACAAUUUUAGCCGGAGUUAGUAAUUAUAAGAAUAAUGUAACAUUUGCAUUUCAUGCUCAAGUUGAAAAAGUCUUCUUGCCCGAGGAUAUUCAAUUAAAAAGCGUUAGGACCAUAUACGAGGGGGAUAUUGCUGUACUUAAGCUCAAUCAAAUGAUACCUUUGGAUAAUGUACGUAUGAAAAAAGUCACAUUACCAGAUCAGUAUGUGAAUUUGAAUUUUGAAUUGUACGCCAAUACAGAACCUAUUCUUACUGGUUUUGGUUACAAUGAAAUAACCAUUAGAUAUACAGAGAAUAAAAAAGUCAUUCGUAAAGGGAUGUCUACUGGGGAUCUACGAUUUUCAAAAACACGUGUUUUGUCGUCAGAGGAGUGUUUAAGAACACGCCCUGUAGAAAAAGUUAAUCUUGAAAAAAAAUUAUGUUCCCAGAUGGAGCAGACCUCAAGUAUGAUACCCAAAGGAGCCUGUUUGGGUGACAGUGGGGGUCCCCUUGUAUUGAAAAAUAACGAUGAGUAUAUUUUAAUUGGAAUAUUGUCUUAUGGCCUGAAUACAUGCGAUGAACGGAUUCUGCCAGCAAUGUACACUAGAGUUUCAUACUACAGAAGUUUCAUUGAUGAUGCGAUAGCUGAUAAGCUUAGUUUAAUGAAUAUCUGCUAUUCUUUUACGGCCAAGACUUUCUGCAAAGUUCUACAAAAAGUGCUGCCUUAG